UUCGGAACACUUUCAUAAGGUUCGUUCGUUGUGUUACACGCGCACGCACAGUAUAGUUGUUUACUCUAUUUAUUUGUGAAAUUGCACUCGUCAAAAAUACAGGACAGUAUUUUGAAAGAUGGGUUUAUUUUAUAACAUAUAUUUGUGUUAUCUGCUGGUUUUCGUCUCAUCACUUAAGUUAACUGCUGGUCUUUCUUUGUACGAAAAAGUGCAACUACUUGAAACAAAUUAUGAUGAAAUUAAAGGAAAUUUGGAAUGCAAAAUUCUUAAUUUGGAAACAAAGGUUUCCACGCUGGAAGAAAAGAUAACUGAACUAGUCGAAAAAGUAGAACUGCAAGAAUCGAAAAUAACUGCCCAGGAAUCGAGAAUAACUGCCCAAGAAUCACAAAUAACUGACCAAGAAUCGAAAAUAACUGCCCAAGGAUCGAAAAUAACUGCCCAAGAAUCGAAAAUAACUGCCCAAGGAUCGAAAAUAACUGCCCAUGAAUCGAAAAUAACUGCCCAAGGAUCGAAAAUAACUGCCCAGGAAUCGAAAAUAACUACCCAUGAAUCGAGAAUAACUGCCCAAGAAUCACAAAUAACUGCCCAAGAAUCACAAAUAACUGCCCAAGAAUCGAAAAUAACUGCCCAAGGAUCGAAAAUAACUGCCCAAGGAUCGAAAAUAACUGCCCAGGAAUCGAAAAUAACUGCCCAAGGAUCGAAAAUAACUGCCCAUGAAUCGAAAAUAACUGCCCAAGAUUCGCUAAUAACUGUCCUGAAAAACCAAUUGGAAAACGCAACCAAAUCAGUUCCCAACAGUGUUGAUGUCAUUGAUCGCCAACAAGUGGGAAAUAACCCUAUCUACCGAACGUGCCAUGAGAUCAACGAAGCAAAUCCAUCGCUGGAUUCUGGAAUUCACUGGAUCGACCCAGAUGGCAAAGGUAUUGGAGAUGACGCCAUCAGCGUGUACUGCAACAUGACUUCAGGUUCGACAUCAAUUUUUCACGACUUGACCGAUACAAAGACGGAUGUUGGACACUGCGCUGAACGCGGAUGCUAUUCACGAAAGAUCAAUUACAACGUCACUAACAGACAAAUCGCAUCGCUGAUUGGAUUGUCUUUUGAAUGUCAUCAGUCAAUAAAGUACGAUUGCAUCGGCGCUCCGUUGCAGUUCAACGGUGUGGACUUUUCUUGGUGGGACGACAGAAACGGAGAUGCGCAAUAUUUUUGGUCUGGCAGUAAUACUAGUAAACACAUUUGCCAGUGCGGAAUUGAUCGAAAUUGUGUUGAAUCUCACGCAAUGUGCAACUGCGACUCUGUUUUCCAAAAGCCAUUAAAUGAUAGUGGAGUUAUCACUGACAAAAGUAUUCUGCCAAUUACGCGCCUUCACUUCGGGAGAACUAUGCUCAGCAGUUCGUCUGGCGUGUAUACACUUGGCCCGUUAGAAUGUUCGGGAAAAGUGGAAGUUAAGCGGUUGCCUUCUUCCUGCGAGGACCUGUGGCGCAUGGGACACAUUUUUAGCGGAUUCCAUACCGUUAUGGGUGAUAAAAACUUGGAUAUCGUUUACUGCGAUUUUACGAAAAGUCCAGAUCAACAAAAAUUCCAGACUUGGAUCGGACAUUCUGAUGUAAAAUCUUUCCCAACCUACUUCUUUGUUCAGAAAAACACUAGUUUCAACCGGACGAAAAUUCCUAUUCCUUUCGAGGUUGAACAACUCAACACCGGAGGGGCCAUGGAUCUACCAUCUGGAAAAUUUACAGCACCGAGAAUGGGAACUUAUUUUUUCUCUUUCAGCGGAGUAGUGAAUUUUCCAUCCACUCUUACGGCAUCCAGGGCUGCUCUUUCCAUAGGGUUGUAUUCCAAGGGUAAGCGAAUUGCGCUCGGCUAUGUAGAAAAAGCCAACUCUGACGUUCAGUUUAGUCCUGUUACUCUUCAAUCUACACUCAAUUUGAAAAAGGGAGAUCAAAUUUGGCUACAGAUAACUGCUAUGUCAGCCGGUGUGCAUUUGUUUGACAGUAAUUACUACUAUACUCAUUUUACUGGUUGGCUAUUAGAGGAAGAAAUUUUCAGUCAAUGAAAACUGAGUUCAAGAAUACAAUUUUAUGGAGU